UUGUUCCCAAAGUAGAGAGCAACUUCAAGAUUUCAUAGCCCAAACGAGCGGCUUCCUAUUCCCACAGUUAAAUAUUUUUAGACGAUUUAUAGUUCUGGUUGGACAAUCGGGUCAAAAAUACGCCUUAAUGCGACUCCAGCUGCAAACUUCUGCCGUCACACUGUUUCACUGUUACCACACAGCGCCCUGAUGUUUGGGUACGACCCACGGCGCCUCAGUCAUGUGUGGACUUGAAGGCAGGAAAUAACAUGAUGCGCGGCUCCUGCUGCUCAUGGCACAUCGCGUAACGGGGAAGUGAGCCGAGCCCAGCGUCUUCACAAAAAGUAAAAGCAGAGAACAGCUCGUGGACUGUGGACGUUUUUUCCCCCCCGACAUAAGAGUUCAGCUUUGAGGAGAACUGCGUAAAAAGUGAGAGAUGGAGGCAGGACGUCUUCAGUAGUAGGCUCUUCGCGCAGGCAGAGAACCAAAAACCUGAAGAGGAAGAGGCGAUUGGACACUUUGAACGCUUUAAGUCCGUGUUUGGAAAAAGCUCUUUACAACAUCAUGGCUCAGUGGGCAAAAAUUGCACAAAUUAUACACGUCCUGCCAAGCGAUACAGUCCACUCACUGUAUCCGCCAAACACUUUCCCCAUUGAGGCCCGGUUUUACGCUGCUGAAUGGAUUGAGAACCAGAGAUGGGAGGACUACUCAUUGACAAGGCCGGAGCUGGAGAAUAAUGCCCGUGAGCUUAUGGACCAAACCAGGAGGGAGUUUCAGAAUAUUGCUCAUCUACUCAAUGUGGUGGAAAGGAUAAAGCUGAUACAGGUUGCCAGGCAUAUGGGUAACUAUUCGUCCAAUGCUCUCCAGUUUGUAGUACUGGUGAGGGACACACUGAGGAAAGAGAGAGAAUUGAUCAAUUCGGCAGAUCCUUCAAAUUUCACCUUUCAAGUUCAGACCUACAACAAUAAAGACAUUACAUUCCUGGAACACAAGGUGUCCGAGCUCAUGAACCUCAGACAGGCAACACAUCAGCAUCAAGAGGAGCUCAACUGGGAGAGACAAAACCUCGAAACCAUAGAAAAAAAGAUUCGAGAGAAAGGAGACCCGGAGGACAUCAAGAAGUCGGUGAUAGUCAAACAGCACAUCAUGAAGCUGGAGUAUGACAUAGAUCAAUUGAUAACAAGACGUGCCAGGUGCCUGGAUUCAUGUGUGUCUGAUCUACAAAAUUGCCAAAGGGACUAUUUAGGAAGCUUACAGGAGUGGAAGUAUUCACAGCACAAGGCAGUGAUAGGAUUUCCCUUUGAUUCUAACCUGCUUCCCCUACAGAUGUGGUCUGAGCAGCUACUCGGGAUUAAUGAGAGACUGAGACAAGAGUAUAUGCUGGUUGGAACACCAAUUCCAGCCUGCAAGUUACAGCUGGAAACUCUUCUGCAUUCUCUGAUUGACAGCUCUCUGGUUGUGGAAAAACAACCUCCUCAGGUCAUUAAGACUCAGUCCAAAUUCUCCACCACUGUGAGAUGUCUGUUGGGGGAGAAGGUGAUGCCCGGAAAGCCUGUUGUGAUAAAAGCGCAAAUUGUCAAUGAGCUACAAGCCAAAAAUCUGGGAAAUUUACACAGUGACACUGUUGCAGAACUAAUCAACAACCAGUCCAUCCUGGAGAAACACCCAGGCAACAAAACAACAUGUGCCACCUUUAGAAACAUGUCUGUCAGGAAAAUAAAGCGAGCAGACAGAAAGGGAUCUGAAUCUGUGACAGAGGAGAAAUUUGCAAUCCUGUUCUCCACUGAGAUCACCUACGUUGGCUGCGAUACUUCAUACCAGAUACAGAUGAUCUCUCUGCCAGUGGUCAUCACUGUUCAUGGCAGUCAAGAUAGUAACGCUCUGGCCACCAUUCUGUGGGACUGUGCAUUUGCCAGACCGGACCGAGUGCCUUUUGCAGUGCCAGACUCCGUCUCCUGGAGAGAAAUGUGCCAAACACUCAACUGUAAAUUUACCUCAGAGGUCAACACACAGCACAAUCUGGACAAGUUUAACCAGCACUUUCUGGCCCAGAAGAUAUUUGACAAACCGGAUUUUAAUGGAGACUUUAGUGAAAUGAUGGUUUCUUGGGCCCAGUUCAACAAGGAGGUUCUUCCUGGUAGAUCAUUCACUUUCUGGCAGUGGUUUGAAGGAGUGACUGAGCUGUCAAAGAAACAUCUGAGGCCCUACUGGAGUGAAGGGCUGAUAUUUGGUUUCAUUGGGAAGCACCAUUUACACAUGAUACUUGCUGACCGCCCCAAUGGAACAUUCCUGCUUCGCUUCAGUGACUCUGAGAUUGGAGGCAUCACCAUCGCUUAUGUUUCUGCCUGUGAAACCGGUGGACAGAAAGUCCAAAAUAUCCAGCCUUUCAGCAAAAAGGAUCUUGAGAUCCGGAGCCUUGCUGACCGCAUCAGGGACAUCAAUGAGAUUUUAUACCUGUACCCUAAUGUAGGGAAGGAUGAGGCUUUCGGAAAGUUCUACACAGGGCCUCUUGUACCUCCUUCUGAUGGCUACCUGCCUGCAACUCUUCAUACUAAAGUUGGCUCGGAAGCAACUGCUGCCCCUCCCCUUUUUCCGAUUAAUCCGGUUACUCCAAUAAUUACAGAUCCUGAACCCAUUCUUGACUUACCAGAUUUGGACCCACUGUAUCAAGAUUUUGAGGAAUUUGUGCUGAGCGUCCCUCCAAAUGGCGCUACAAUGGAUAUGUUGGAAGACUAAACAGGAGGCUGAUCUCCUCAAGUCUGGACUGUGGACAACUUACAUCUAGAGCUUGAUCUGUUUUAAAAAACACAAAAACAAAAAACAAGCUUUCUGGGUCUGAAUACAGUAAGAUGGUGCAACAUGAAUGCAGGAAAUAAUUUCAAAGACACCUUACUGUGCACUUAUGAUGUGGCCUUUGAAGACAAGGUCUUUAGACAACAGAGUGGGGACAAUUUUAAUCAUUUUCUUUUAACUUGUAUUCAGUUAAACAAAUACAAUACUGUACCGCAUUCGGGAACGUCUUCUGCAUACAUGUUUUGUCUUCGUUGUUUCUGGGUAGUAAGGUACAGUUGUGUUUUCCUGGUACUUUUUUGAUUUUAAAAUUUUCCUUUCUACAUAAAGAGCUUGUUGUAUGUUCAGUCAUACUUAAGUUCAGUCAUGCCAGUCGACCAAAAUUUAAUGGUAAAUUUGGUUUCUUCAUUAAUGUGGCAUGUUGCAACCCUUGGGAACAAAGGGAUUUUUGCAUCACUUUUGUCUGGGGAAAAAAACACAACAGUGAUGGACAGUUUUAUUUCAGUAAGAAGCAAGUGUAGCACAGAUGUUGGAAUGGGUCAGAAUAAAAACUCCUUUAUUUUGUUUUAUCAUAUUUUGUCUCUACGUGAUUAUCCUAGGUUUAUUUUUUCCUGUUGUUUCUGUUGUAUUCCUAUAAGUAAAAUGUCACUUGUUAAGGUUUUUAUUUUCACUCUAAUGAUCUUUACCACAAACACAAACAAAAGACUGAAAAAGGAUAUGUGAAAGACAAAAUUAGCUCAAAAAUCAAGUCAGUGUACAUGCUCAAAGCUUCAUUCUUAGAUGGGUGUACAGGGAUAUUAUGCUAUUUGUUAUUAAGUGGAAUAAAUGUUCUUUACCUUUAGUUGACUUGAUCAUCUGCAUCUGAAUACAUAAGAAAAGCAGAUUUUUUUUUGUCAUGUACAAAAAACAGUGGCUUUGCACCACCUACAGUGCUGUGCAUGUUAACAGUGUCGCAGCUUGUGGAAUGUUCUAUAUUGCAUGCAUGCUUUGUUUGGUUUUUGUCAGUUCAUGAUAAGUAACUGCUAUGUUACUACAGUACCACAAAAAAUGUAACAAUUAACCGCGAUGCAAAAAACAAAAAAAUUCAGAUUGGUUUAUGGAAAUGUUAGUUUUUGGGUUGUGAAUAUAAAAUCCACUCUUAUCCAGGUUGUGGUGCACUUUAUACACAUUUUAAACAACCAAAAAAUGAAAUCUAAUCAGCACAAUUUUUUUAUUUCUGUAAAUGAUCCAGCUAGUCAUAUGAUAUGUUAAAUUGGUCAGUGCACUUCAUGCACAUUGAUGUGUAAACCCCUUAUAUCUUUAAAGUGACUGUAAAAUGUUUUGGAGCAUCUGUGAGGUGCAUGAAGGCAUAUAAAUGUGACUGGCAUUACUUACAUAAUCCUUUCAGCAAUCUAUUAAACCUGUCAGGCAAGACA